AUGGCUCACUCAAACCCCGCUGAGACGGACGGUCAAGGUCUACCUCCCGGCACCACCAGGCUCAUCGACGUGGACGGCUCCGUCAUCAGCAAACAUGCAUCCGGAUCCGAUGAGGCAGAUAUUGUUCUCAUUCCUCGGCCGUCAGAAGAUCCAGAGGACCCGUUGAACUGGACCAAGAAGCGGAAAUGGCUUGCGACAUCUUGCGUUCUGAUGUACACCAUCAUGAUCGCAAUCCCAAGUAGUGCUGUGUAUUCCGUUGUCACCCCAAUUAGAAAAGCAACGGGGUUGUCGCUUUCUGACAUCAACAACGGAACGGGUAUCAUGUUCUUGUUCUAUGGCUGGGGAUGUCUGAUCUGGCAACCAUUUGCGCUUCAGUACGGCAAGCGACCAGCGUACCUUGCGUCCCUUAUCGCCAAUAUCAUCAUCCUUGCAACCGCCCCGAUGUGCACUACGAAACACACAUACUUGGCCAAUCGCAUACUUCUUGGUUUAUUUGGUGCCCCCGUUGAAUCAUUGGCCGAAAUUUCCAUUACAGACAUCUGGUUUGCGCACCAGCGCCCCAAAUACCUUGCACUCUAUGGGUGGGGUCUUUCGAUGACGGGCAAACUUGCCCCGAUGCUUUCAGGCUUCAUCAACGUGGGCAUGGGUUGGAAGUGGACUCUGUGGUGGUGUUCAAUCUUCAACGGCAUUGCUCUCGUUUACUGUUUUCUCUUCAUGGAGGAGACCAAUUACGAUCGUCCCGCGAGGCCAAUCGAGCACAGGAUAGCACCAGGUCACGCAACCGGAGUUCAAGAGCAACACAACGGAAGUGAUGCGGAUGAGGGGUCUUCUGAAAAGGCUGGCGAGAAAAACAUGACAAACACCAAGCCUGUUGAUACCGAAACCGGACAGAUGAUUUAUCCCCGCAAGACGUACAUUCAAAAACUCGGUGUCAAGGACAAGCCAAGGCCCAACCGCAUGUUGGAUAUUGCGCUGGGUGGACUUAGGGGCUUCACAUACCCCUCUGUCGUUUACGCAGGUCUUAUGUACGGUGCCAACAACUUGGUAUGGUCGGGUGUGCAGAAUGCCACGGCUGGCACUGUCUACACUACCAUGUACGGUUUCUCUACGGCUGGUGUAGCUGCGGCCUACUCCGGUGGCUUGCUCGGUACCAUGGUCGGAGGCUACUACUGUGGUAAGGUCGGUCGCCUGCUCACAAUCCGACUCGCCCGACGCAACAACGGAAUUUCCGAGUCUGAGCACUCGCUCUGGCUCUUCUCUGCAUCCAUGUUCCUGGUCCCGUUUAGUAUGCUUCUAUACGGCCUGGGCGUGACCUACCACAUUCACUGGAUGGGGCUAGUCAUCUCCCAGUUCACCCUCGCCAUCAAUAACGCCCUCGCUGUCGCGGGUUCCCUCGGAUAUGCCAUUGCAUCGUAUCCACAACUCAGCGGUGACAUGAUCACAACGUGCGUCAUAAUUCGCAACACCAUGUCCUUCGCAAUCAACUAUGGAAUUACGCCUUGGCUGAACCAUAUGGGCUAUCGGGAUACCUACAUCAUCGUUGGCGUGAUUGGGUUUGUCUGGAACGCCAGUAUCUUCAUCAUGACCAAGUACGGAAGAACCAUCAGAGAGAAGAGUGCAGAUAGAUAUUGGAGGCAUGUUGCCAAGGCCCAUGCUAAAGGCCUAAGUCAUUGA